AUGCCGCUGUCGCCCGCCCGCGGGGCGCUUGAUGCGGGCGGCGGGGCCGGGGGAGGCGGCGGCGGGGGGCUCCCGGCCAUGUGUCGGCCGGGGGUGCGCGGGGUCCUGGGCCGGGCGUGCCUGCUGCUGCUGCCGCCCUGCGCCCUUGUGCUGGCGGCGGUGCCCGGCUCCGCGUCCCACCCGCAGCCCUGCCAGAUCCUGCGGCGCAUCGGGCACACGGUGCGAGUGGGGGCCACCCACCUGCAGCCGCGGUCCGCCCCCGCCGCCGCCGCCUGGCCCGGGGAGGCGUCGGGCGGGCGCCCCGAGGGGCCGCGGGGCCGGCUGGCGGGGGGCGGCGGGGGACAGCGGCGGCCGCCCCCCUCGCCGCGGGACGCGCUGCUGCUGGCCGUGGCCAACCUGAACGGGGUGCCCGGACUGCUGCCGUACAACCUGUCCCUGGAGGUGGUGAUGGCGAUCGAGGCGGGGCUGGGCGACCUGCCCCUCUUCCCCUUCUCUUCAGCCAGCGCCUCGUGGAGCAACGACCCCGUCUCCUUCCUGCAGAGUUUGUGCCACACCGUGGUGGUGCAGGGGGUCUCAGCCAUCCUCGCCUUCCCGCAGAGCCGUGGGGAGAUGCUGGAGCUGGACUUCAUCUCGGCGGCGCUGCGCAUCCCGGUGGUCAGCAUCGUGCUGGGCGAGUUCCCCCGGCGGAGCCUGAACCCCCUUCACCUGCAGAUGAGCUUAGAAAACUCACUGAGUUCUGAUGCUGAUGUCACUUUCUCUAUCCUCGCGAUGAACAACUGGUACAACUUCAGCCUGAUGCUGUGCCAGGAGGAGUGGAACAUCACAGAUUUUCUCUUCCUCACACAACAGAGCUCCAAGUUCCACCUGGGGUCCAUUAUAAACAUCACAGCAAACCUCACUUCAACCAGUGACCUUCUGAACUACUUGCAGUUUUACCUGGAGAGCAUCAAAGACACGACGUCGACCAUGGUGAUGUUUGGGUGUGACAUGGAGAAAACGCGGAGGAUUUUUGAGAUAACCACCCAGUUUGGUGUGAUGCCUCCAGAGCUGCACUGGAUUAUUGGGGAUUCACAGAAUGUGGAAGAGCUGAGGACAGAAGGCUUGCCCCUCGGUCUCAUCGCUCACGGCAAAACAACUCAGUCGGUCUUCGAGCACUACGUGCAGGAUGCCAUGGAGCUGGUGGCCAGGGCUGUGGCAGCAGCCACCAUGAUCCAGCCUGAGCUGGCUCUUAUUCCAAGUACAAUGAACUGCAUGGACACAGAAGAGAGGAAUAUCACUUCAGGCCAGUACUUGUCAAAGUUUUUAGCCAACACAACUUUUGAUGGUCUCAGUGGCCACAUUAAGGUGAAGGGCUCAUCCAUUGUCAGUUCAGAAAAUAAUUUCUUCAUCUGGAAUCUGCAGCAUGACCCUGUUGGAAACCCGAUGUGGACGCGCCUGGGGAGCUGGCAAGAAGGGAAGAUCAUCAUGGACUAUGGCAUAUGGCCAGAACAGGCACAGAGACAUAAAAGCCACAUGCAACACCCUGCCCGGCUGCACCUGAGGGUGGUGACUCUGAUUGAGCAUCCCUUUGUCUUCACAAGGGAUGUAGAUGAUGAAGGUCUUUGCCCAGCAGGGCAGCUGUGCCUGGACCCGCUGACCAAUGAUUCAGGUGUGCUGGACAACCUGUUUGAAACCCUCCAAGGGGGCAAUGACACCGUGCCCAAUGAGCUGAAGAAGUGCUGCUAUGGCUACUGCAUCGACCUGCUGGAGAAGCUGGCUGAAGAUAUGAAUUUUGAUUUUGACUUGUACAUUGUCGGGGAUGGAAAAUACGGUGCCUGGAAGAAUGGACACUGGACUGGGCUGGUGGGAGACCUCCUUGCUGGUACAGCUCACAUGGCAGUGACAUCAUUCAGCAUCAACACUGCCCGAAGCCAAGUGAUUGAUUUCACCAGCCCUUUCUUUUCAACCAGCUUGGGGAUUUUGGUGAGGACCAAAGACACUGCAGCUCCCAUUGGAGCCUUUAUGUGGCCACUUCACUGGACUAUGUGGCUGGGGAUAUUUGUUGCUCUUCACAUCACAGCUGUAUUCCUCACCUUGUAUGAGUGGAAAAGUCCUUUUGGAAUGACCCCUAGGGGAAGGAACAGGAACAAAGUGUUCUCCUUCUCCUCUGCCCUCAAUGUCUGCUACGCGAUCCUCUUUGGAAGAACGGCUGCCAUCAAACCGCCAAAGUGCUGGACUGGAAGGUUUUUAAUGAAUCUCUGGGCUAUUUUCUGCCUGUUUUGCCUGUCGACAUACACAGCCAACCUAGCUGCUGUCAUGGUGGGAGAGAAGAUCUAUGAGGAACUCUCUGGAAUACACGACCCAAAGCUCCACCACCCAUCCCAGGGGUUCCGGUUCGGCACGGUGCGGGAGAGCAGCGCCGAGGACUACGUGCGGCAGAGCUUCCCGGAGAUGCAUGAGUACAUGCGGCGCUACAACGUCCCUGCCACCACCGACGGCGUGGCCUACCUGAAGCAUGAUCCAGAGAAACUUGAUGCCUUCAUCAUGGAUAAAGCACUCUUAGAUUAUGAAGUGUCAAUAGAUGCUGACUGCAAGCUCCUAACUGUGGGAAAACCCUUUGCCAUUGAAGGAUAUGGCAUUGGUCUUCCCCCCAACUCUCCGCUCACCUCAAAUAUCUCUGACCUGAUCAGCCAGUACAAAUCCCACGGCUUCAUGGAUGUUCUGCACGACAAGUGGUACAAGGUCGUUCCCUGUGGAAAACGAAGCUUCGCCGUCACGGAGACACUGCAGAUGGGGAUAAAGCAUUUCUCAGGGCUCUUCGUGAUGUUGUGCGUUGGCUUCGGUUUGUCCAUUCUCACCACCAUGGGGGAACACAUUGUGUACAGACUGGUCCUGCCACGAAUCAAGAAGAAAUCCAAGAUGAAGUACUGGCUCCAUACCAGUCAGAGAUUACAUCGUGCUCUGAACAGUUCCUUUACUGAGGAAAAACAUCAGCCUAAGAAAAAACGAGUAGAAAAGAGGGCCCAUGUGGGGAACAGCCAGCAUGCGGUGUGGAACACAGCCAACCUGGGCAACUGCCACCGAAAAAAAUACAUCUGCACCGAUGAGGGGCAAAAUGAGGUGACAAUCCAUCAGCACCAGGACAUCCCCCUGCCACAGGGGAGGAGAGAGACUCCGCCUUCCUUAACCACCAACGGGAAAGCAGAGUCUCUCAACACUGCGAGGACCUCGGUGCUGCAAGAGCUGACAGAGCUGGAGAAGCAGAUCGAAAUCAUCAAGCAGGAGCUGCAACUUGCCAUGGACAGGAAAUCAGAGCUGGAAGAGUAUGCACGGACAAACAGAACUGCAGAGCCCUAGGCCAGCAUA